AGGGCUUCGAGAGGUGGCGGUGGCUGCCGGCUGGGUAGGAAAAUGGCGGCGGCGAGGCUGAGCGGCGGAGGCGGGGAGAACCGCCUGGUGUCGCUGCCCCUCUCCCGGAUCCGGGUGAUCAUGAAGAGCUCGCCGGAGGUCUCCAGCAUCAACCAGGACGCGCUGUUCCUCACCGCCAAGGCCACGGAGCUCUUUGUCCAGUAUUUAGCCACUUACUCCUACAAACAUGGCCGUGGGAAAGAGAAGAGAGCCCUGACCUACAGUGACCUCUCCCAUACAGCAGAGGAAUCUGAAACAUUUCAGUUCCUUGCUGAUAUUUUACCAAAGAAGAUCCUAGCUAGCAAAUACCUGAAAAUGCUUGAAAGAGAGAAGAGGGAUGGAGAGAUGGAGGAAGAAGAAGAAGAUGAUGAUGAUGAUGAUGAUGACCAAGAGGAAGAGAGUGAAGAGGAAGAUGCUGAAUCUUAAGGGUGUCAAGCAGCUAGCGUUACAGCUAGUCUCUUCCUGCAGGAUCAAGUUUUGGAUUGGCUCCCUGAUUUUUUUCCAAGCUAACCCACACUGGGGUGGGAGGGGGAGUGUUGGAAAUCCAGCAUCUGGAUUUACCUAUCUGAGAGUUGUUGUCUUGUUUACUUUAAAUUUGAAACAAUUGGAUAUUAGUCUCCUUGAUGGAAGGAAUUCUGCACUUGGAUAUGGAAAGCCAGGGGGACUGUACAUACAGAUCUUGAGACAAAAUCAGCUCAAAAAUUAUUUUAAAAUAAGAUCUUUAGACAAUCAUUAUCCAAAUAGAAACAGCCUUGUAGGCAACCCUCAGCAUCAAUUCCAAAGGCCCUGACUCUCUCUGGCUAGAUGGGACCCUUGUAGCUAAUACUUCUGCUUAACCAGUAGGAAUGUGGCACAUACUUUAUCUACAGUUCUUACUCUGGAAGCCAAUGAACCAAACCUGAGAUAGAAUCUCCACCUGUUUUCUAGCAUGCUGUUGGAGCAGUACAUGUGGGUCAACCCCACAGAAACUGUAAUAGGCUACUGUUGUAAUAGAGUCUAAAAAACCAAGUCUGCAAGGAAUCUGGAUCCAGGGAUAGACCUUUUGCUGUCCCUGGUGUCGCUCUGCAGUUGUAUUGGUAUUAAGAAGUAGAGGUAUUAGCUAAUGAUGUAAAUACGUAUAUCUAGAUCCCACCCCCACCUCCAAGGGAGGAUUCUACUUUUGUAGCUUACUGCCUGUAGUACUCUACAUACCAACACCUGUUUGAGUUUAUUAAAUAUAGUUUGCUCUAUAGCAAGAAAAUGAACAGUUUUUACCAUUUGAGUGGUAGACCUGGUGUAUUUUUACUACUAUAAAAAUGGAAAAUGUCCUGUGUGUAUUUUCAAAAAUACUUUUUACAAUAAAUAUUUUUUUAAAUGUGGAAAUUAAUGCAGAGACCCUUGACAGCACUAUUUUUGUAAAGGCUUUUAAUCUAUGCUUUGUGCAGGGUUAACACGAUAUUGGGCUACUCAUUUGCACUAUAUAUAUUCGUAAAUGUGGAUCCUCCUAGCUAGCAAAUAGGGGAUGAGUGGUGAUCUGCUACCCACUGGAAACGUAAGUGUGAAAGAUCCCUAAUCCCAAUUUGCACUGGGCGUUGAAUCGAGUAUGUUCAGGGGAAAUUGAGCCUGUUUUAGUCACGGUGUCUGUUAGCUGUAAUGUAUGCAAGUAGCCUUCCAGUCUCUCUCAACUGCUCUGAGAGCAUCUUGGAAGUGAUGUCUCUUUUCAGUUUACACAAGCUACUGCACAAGUAAUAGUUCAGGUUGAUUUAGAUCUCCAUUCAGGAAAAGAGCUUGGGCAUUAGGCCACUCAUGACCCCCACAGACAACAAUUGGAGGAUCCUGAUUGGUGACAGCCCCACCUGCAGAGAUGAAGGGGUAACAGGAGGGAGAGAGAUGGAGGAGACUGAGGGAGAGGGAAGUCAGUACAUGUAUGCUUACCAAAUGUUAGAGGCCUGCCUAGCAUCAGUUCAGAAGAAUAAAGGAAAAAGUGCAAGCA